AUGGCUGCCACAUACGGGGACCUGCGGCAUCUGCUGCCUGGCAAUUACAAGCGCCUCAUCUCUGAAUGGCUUGAGGAAGACUGCCCUAGUCUGGACUAUGGUGGCUUUGUCGUCGGCGAGUCCGAGGGUGAGGCACGUCUCUUGGGAAAGAGCAAGGGUAUCGUCGCCGGCGUCCCGUUCUUCGACGAGGUGUUUUCUCAACUAGGUUGCUCAAUCGAAUGGCAUGUUGAGGAAGGCGACCAAAUCGACCCAAUCAAACACUGCGCCACCGUUCGCGGGCCCAUCCGCAAAAUCCUCCUCGGCGAGCGCGUCGCUCUCAACAUCCUCGCCCGCUGCUCCGGCAUCGCUUCCAAAUCCGCCUCCAUGCUCGCCGCCCUGCGUGCCCAGGGCUGGUUCGGCACACUCGCUGGAACCCGCAAGACUACCCCGGGCUUCCGCGUCGUUGAGAAGUACGGCAUCCUGGUCGGCGGUGCGGACCCACAUCGCCAUGACUUGAGCCAUAUGACCAUGCUUAAAGAUAACCAUGUCUGGGCGUGCGCGAACAACCGCUCCGCGGCGGAUGGAGGGGCUGUUCAGAGCAAGGAGCCGGCUAGCAUUGAGUCUAUUGCGGCGGCUAUCCCGCGCGCGGUGCAUGCGGCGAAGAGUGCCGGCGGAUUCGCAACGAAGGUCGAGGUCGAGUGCCGCAGUCUGGAGGAGGCGAAUGCGGCGAUUGGUGCCGGUGCAGAUAUCAUUAUGUUGGAUAAUUUCACCCCUGAUGGAGUACGCGAGGCUGCACGGACGCUGAAGCAAGAGUGGACUGGGAAGGGCCGCACGUUCCUGAUUGAAGUCAGCGGGGGGCUGACGGAGGAGAAUGCGCCGGCUUAUGCGUGCUCGGAUAUAGAUAUUUUGUCGACUAGCUCGAUCCACCAGGGAACUGGCAUCGUGGAUUUCUCGCUGAAGGUCUCCUUGCGGUAG